GCUGAUAAUACAGUUAUAAGAAAUUAUGUAUUUAGCAUAGUUUGCAUUUAUCUGUCUUACUUAUAUCAUGUAUUUAAAACUACGCGUUAUUUGAUUCAAUUCAGUGGUUAAAAUGAGUAAAUCUGUGAUAUAUUUAUUAUUUCUUCUUGCAGCCAGUGCACGUGGCCGCGUCGCUACUAUAGAUGAUACACUGCCUGAUGUUUCGGCGAACGCCAUCAAGGAUGAAAUUAAACCUAUCAGAAAUGCCUCAGAAGUACAUAUAGUAGACCUGCCCACAGUUACACCGAGAAUUGAAGAGACUACAGAGAAUGCGAACUUAAAUGUUACGUGCGGAGAUGUAAAGGAGAACUCAGUAGAUUCAGAUCUGAGUGAGGCUUGUUCCGUUCUGCCUAGCAAUGAUAAUGGGACGGCCUUGAUUUUGACUCCGUAUAUCAAAGAGAAUAGAUUGGAGGAGGCCAGGAAUGCUUGUAGGGUGUCAAACCAGGAUUUGUUUUUGGGUGUGGACAGUUACUCAGGGUUCUUCACAGUGAAUGAGACGUUGGAGUCUAAUAUGUUCUUCUGGUACUUCCCGGUGGAGAAUAAACCGGUGAACGAGACGCCGUGGAUAGUAUGGCUGCAAGGCGGACCUGGCGCUUCCAGUAUGACAGGACUGUUCGAUGAGAUUGGGCCGUUCCACGUGACUUUUGAUGGCACACUAAUCAGAAACAAGUAUAGUUGGUUGGAGAACCACUCGCUACUGUUCAUUGACAACCCAGUGGGUACUGGAUACAGUUAUACCAAUAGUCCGGAAGGGUAUGCUCAGGAUAUGGAAACGUACGGUGAUCACCUGCACUUAGUAUUGAAGCAGUUCUUGCGCGUGUUCCCGGAACUGCGGUCGGCGCCGCUGUUCGUGGCCGGCGAGUCCUACGCCGGCAAGUACGUGCCCGCUCUCGCCGUGCGCCUUCACCGGGACAAGCAUCUACCUGGGGAGAACGUCAAUCUACGGGGCUUGAUAGCUGGUAACGCAUACGUGGACCCAGCGAUGAUAUCGCAGAUGGAACGGCCGUUCUACUACUUCGGUUUGAUGGAGAGUGAGCAGAUUGAUAUUGUGAAGCCGCUCAUACAAGCGUUUCAAGACGACAUUGCAGCUCAUAGGAGCGCUGAAGCUAAAGAUAAAUGGAACCAUCUGAUCACGGUGCUGCUAGUAAUCACGCAGCAGAAGCACGCGUACAACUUCCUCCGCGAUGACCUACCCGUCGGAAAGUACAUCAUGUUCUUGCAAAAACCAGAGGUGAAACGCGCCCUACACGUUGGCGACAUCAAGUUCAGCUUCGUCAAUAUGACCGUGAACGCCAAACUGAACGGAGACUUCCUCAGCAGCGCCAAGGGACUGUAUGAGGAGUUAUUGAACCACUACAGAGUACUGACUUAUUGCGGGCAGCUUGACCAGAUGUUGUCAUGUGUGUUGACGUCAGAGAACUACCGCACGUGGCAUUGGAACGGCCAGAAGGAGUUCCUCGACGCCACCAGGUAUCCUUUCGUGUUCAACGGCAAGCUAUCUGGGUAUCACAAAAGCGGCGGGCAGCUAACCGAGGUGGUGAUCCGCGGCGCGGGCCACAUGGCGCCGAUGGACGCGCCGGCGCCCACGCAGACUCUGGUGGCGCGCUGGACGCAUGCGCAGAGCCUCGGCCGCGUCUCGCUGCUGGAAGGCAGCUUCCUCACUGAAUACGUGCGGAACAACUCCAUAGUACACUACUUGUAAUAAAUAUUUCAUAGUA